GGAGGAACGGACCUAGUCCGUCCCCUCUCGCUGGGAAAGGAGGAGCCAGGCCGACAGAGGCAGGCAACGUCGGCGGCAGCCACGAGCAGGCGCCUCCUCUAACGGCUGCAAGAUUUCGGCGCCAAAAUUCAAUGGUGGCAGGCAGCGGGCCGCGAGGAUUAUAACCUAAACACCUUUCUUCGGACACCUGGGAGGACUACUCUGCCUCGUCCCUUUGGAACAUUGAGAAGAUGCACAUGAAAUCAAUUGUUCUUGACGGAUUUAAAUCCUAUGCUCACAGGACAGAAAUUCGUGACUUUGACCCGUUAUUCAAUGCUAUUACUGGCUUGAAUGGUAGUGGCAAGUCCAAUAUCUUGGACGCAAUCUGUUUCCUGUUGGGAAUCACCAAUCUGUCACAGGUGCGAGCUUCUAACUUGCAAGACCUAGUUUAUAAAAAUGGGCAAGCUGGAAUUCAUAAAGCAACCGUGUCCAUUAUCUUUGAUAAUUCUGACAAGAAAGUAAGUCCACUGGGAUUUGAAGGUAGUGAUGAGAUCACUGUCACUAGGCAGGUUGUCGUUGGAGGUAAAAAUAAGUAUCUUAUCAAUGGUGUGAAUGCAACCAAUGGUCGCGUGCAGGAUCUCUUCUGUUCUAUUGGUCUCAAUGUCAAUAACCCUCACUUCCUCAUUAUGCAGGGACGAGUGACCAAAGUUCUAAAUAUGAAGCCACCGGAGAUUUUAGGUAUGAUUGAAGAAGCAGCUGGCACUAAGAUGUAUGAAAGCAAGAAAAUAACUGUCCAGAGAACCAUAGAUAAGAAGGAUGCCAAACUGAAAGACAUUCAAAUGGUGUUAGAUGAGGAGAUCACUCCAACUUUAGAAAAACUGAAAGAGGAACGAGCAUCCUAUCUAGAAUACCAAAAAUUAACACGAUCAAUAGAACAUUUAAAACGCCUCUCUAUAGCUUAUCAGUUUGUUGUGGCUGAACGGAAAAAGGUAUCCUGUGCUGAAGCAUUAAAGGAAAUGCUGAGUAAUGUAGAGAAGUUUCGGGAAUCGAUAGAUGAAAGUGCAAAGAAGGUGAAACAACUUAAUGAAGAAAUAGCGGGGAUGGAAAAGGAAAGGGAUAAGGAAGUUGGUGGUGUGCUCCGUUCACUGGAAGAUGCUCUUUCAGAACUUCAAAGGGUUCAUGCUAGAGCACAAAGUGCCUUUGAUCUCAAGAAGCAGAACUUAAAAAAUGAAGAGAACAAGUACAAUGAGCUGGUAAAAAGUAUGCAGGAGGAUUCUGAAACAUUAAUGUCAAAGGAGAAAAAAGUAAAGGAGAUAGAGAACGAACUACAUGCGUUGCAGGAAACAAGUAAAAAAGAUGCAGAUGCUUUAGCUGAAGCACAACAGCGUUUUAAUGCUGUGUCCGCUGGCUUGUCCAGCAGUGGCGAUGGGGAAGAAGCUACUUUUGCUGGGCAGAUGAUGACCUGCAAAAAUGAAGUCAGCAAAGCUGAAACAGAGGCUAAACAGGCUCAAAUAAAGUUGAAUUAUGCACAAGAAGAAUUAAAGACAAAAGAAGCUGAACUUAAAAAGAUGGACGGAAGCUACAAGAAAGACCGAGAAGCACUUCAAGCUGUCAGAAAAACAAAAGACAUGCUAGAGGACCAAAUGAAGAAGCUGAACUAUGAAGAAGGGAAAGAAGAAACCCUUUUAGCAAAAAAGAAGGCGUUGACUUGUGACAUCAGCCGACUGAAACAAUUGUAUGAAGGCUUAAUGGCAAAGUUUCCUCAUCUACGGUUUGAAUACAGAGACCCAGAAAAAAAUUGGAAUCCAGACCGUGUGAAAGGCCCUGUUGUGAGUCUUAUCGUUGUGAAAGAUCUAUCCAAAGCAAGAGCCUUAGAAGUGGUGGCUGGAGGGAAACUGUAUAACAUUGUUGUGGACACAGAGGAUACUGGCAAAAAGCUUUUGCAGAGGGGUGAACUAAAGCAUCGAUACACCAUCAUUCCACUAAACAAAAUUUCAGCCAGGUGUAUUGGAGAAGACACUGUCAAGUUGGCACAAACCUUGGCUGGUCGUGAUAACUUGUAUAUAGCCCUUUCUCUGAUUGAAUAUGAACCCGAACUGCAGAAAGCAAUCGAAUAUGUGUUUGGAACAACCCUAAUCUGUAAUAACAUGGAUAAUGCCAAAAAAGUGACCUUUGACAAAAGGAUAAUGAUGAGAACUGUCACACUUGAUGGAGAUGUAUUUGACCCCCAGGGCACUCUGCAUGGAGGUGCGUCCUCACAGGUUGUACCAAUAUUGUCUAAACUUCGAGAAAUUAAAAACAUUGCAGUAGAAAUCAGGGCAAAGGAAUCUGAACUUGAGGCUAUAGAGACCGAGUUGAAAAGAUUGAAGAAUGUUGCUGAAAAGUAUUGGCAACUGAAGCAGCAGUGGGAGAUGAAUUCUGAAGAAGCAGAGCUAUUGCAAACGAAGCUUCAUCAAAGUGCUUAUCACAAACAAGAGGAAGAGCUGCUUGCCCUGAAGAAAACAAUUGCUGAGUGUGAGGAGACAUUGAAGACAAGCAAAGAGAGCCAAAAGAAAGCAGAAGAUAAAUACAAGGAAUUAGAGAAUAAAAUGAAAAAUGCAGAAGCAGAAUAUGAAAAAGAACGAAAAAAUGCCCAGAACAAACUAGAUGAUGCCAAGAAAAAUGCAGACACUUCAAGCAAAAAAAUGAAGGAAAAGCAGCAGGAAGUUGCAGCUUUACUUCUGGAAGUUAAAGAGCUAAAACAAGAGCAUGCCUCCUAUGAACAACAGAUAGCGGCUGCAGCUAAUGCAGCCAGAUCCUACCAGGAGCAAGUUAAUACUAUGGCAGCUGAGGUGUCUAAGACAAAGGAAUCUGUAGAGAAGUCACAGAAGGAGCUGACCAAGCAAAAGGAAGUAAUUUUGUUACAGGAUGAAGCAAUUAAAGCUAAAUCUGCAGAGAUGCUAAAAUACAGAGAACAAAUUAAUGACUUACAGCUUAAGGUUAAAGCAUUAGAACAUGACAUCAGCAAAUAUCAGGAAGAGAUUGCUGAGGCUACUGCCAAGGUGACCAAAAUGCUGGAAGAGUAUGAGUGGAUAGCUUCAGAGAAACAGCUUUUUGGUCAGCCACACACAGCCUAUGACUUCAAAGCUAACAAUCCUACAGAAAUAUGUCAGAAGCUGCAGAAAUUGCAGGAGAUUAAACAGGAGCUGGGAAAGAAAGUGAACAUGCAAGCUAUGAAUAUGCUUUCUGAGACAGAGGAGAGGUACAAUGACUUACUGAGGAAAAAAAGAAUUGUAGAGAAUGACAGGGCAAAAAUUCUUGCAACUAUUCAAGAGCUUGACGACAAGAAAGCUAAAGCUAUACAGAUUGCAUGGAAAAAGGUGAAUGAAGACCUUGGUUCAAUUUUCUCAACGCUUCUACCAGGAGCCAAAGCUAUGCUAGUACCUUGUAAAACCCAGAAUGUCUUGGAUGGUCUGCAGUUCAGAGUUGCCUUAGGAAACACCUGGAAGGAUAACUUAACAGAACUUAGUGGAGGACAAAGAUCAUUGGUGGCCUUGUCCUUGAUCUUUUCCAUGCUUCUCUUCAAACCUGCCCCAAUUUACAUCUUGGAUGAAGUGGAUGCAGCCCUUGACCUCUCUCAUACCCAGAACAUUGGGCAGAUGCUGCACGCUCAUUUCAGACGCUCUCAGUUUAUCGUGGUGUCCUUGAAGGAUGGAAUGUUUAGCAACGCGAAUGUCCUGUACCAGACCAGGUUUCUGGAUGGUGUAUCCACUGUGGAAAGAUAUGAACAGUGUCGAAGCAGAUAUAAUUCAGGUGCCCACAAGAAAGCCCAGAAGGCACUCAACAGUAGCAAAACAGGACCUAUAGCGCUGGCACUGCCUCAGAUAGCAUAGAAACUUUUAAAGUGUUCUCUGGCCCCAGUUUGUAGCUAGGCCAGGAAGAAACUCUUUUAACUUCUAUUUUAAAGCAUUUUUAAUCUUGGAAUGCUCCUUUGUGUUUUAGCUUUUAAUUCACAUUCUGCACCUCAUUAAGAAUUGGACUUCACAGGAGACUGUUGCCUGGACUAUUAGCUAAGCUUGGCUGUAUUCUUGCUGUCCUAUAAGGAAUUCUCAUCAUCCCUCUGUAAGCACUGAUCUAUAAACGUGCAUAAACAGUACCUCUCUAAGGUCAACAGAGGAGCUGAAGCCUCUGAAUGAGGAAAAACUGAUUUGACUUGCAGCACUGAUGGCAUUCAGAAAACCUGCUGCAAAGGGUGACGUCUUUGUCUCUUGUUGUCAAACACCAAUUUUAAUUUUAGAAUUGUUUUUCAGGGAGCAAGGCCAUCCUCAACAGCUUUUAUUCCCAAGUUAUUUUUAGACUUUUUGCAAUUUUCUGAUGUUUUCAACAAGUAUUUUAAACUGCACAACCUGAUUGUUAUGUGAUUUCCUGCCUCACUCUUUUUCAUUGAACAGUGCCUACUCAGAAUUAAACACUCUCCAUUUUUAACUUCCUGCUGUAUUUCUCAAAAUUUGAUUUAACUCUGUACGCUAAACAGUAGAGGUAAGAGAAAAAUGUACAUAGCUUUUAAAAUACAUAUUUUUAGACAUGGAUGGCCAUAAUAAAAUUUUAAUCCGUA